CAGUCUCAUAAUAUUUAUUGACCACUUUAUACAGCCCAACAGUAAGCAUUUGUAUGCCUUAACGUUUAAAACUCGCUUCGCUUUCAACAUGAACAAGUGCGCAUUCAUAAUUUUACUUCUAUGGGCAUUCUCAAUGUGCCAAGUUUAUGCAGAGAUUCUGGAUCUUGGAAAACGACCAUCAUGGUAUCCCGAUGAUAGCCCCGAAAUCGAAGCGGAAUGCAUGGAGGAUUUUACAAUAAGUGAAGAGAGCUUGAAACAAAUUAGAAAUCUUCAAAUAGCAAAUACUCCUGCAGUUCGCGCUUAUCUGUUGUGUUUCCUCAAGGAAACCAAUGUCUAUCGGCCGGAUAAGGGUCCCGAAAUUAAACGCAUAGCCUGGUCCCUAAAGCAAAAUUAUCAUCUGAAUAAGUGCGAUGCGGAUAUGAUACGCGAUUGCAUUGAAGAGCAAGGUGACCAAGACCUCAAAGACUAUGCCUUCUUCAACAUUAUCAAAUGUGUAUAUGAGAAAGCAAAUGCCAGGUGUUUGGAAAAAGUUCAAAAUAAUGAGACUGUUGCAUAAGAAGACUGUUGUUAGAUUUAAGAGAUUUGUAUUUAAAUAAAAGAAACAACAUGGA